AUGGAAAAAGUGUUGCGAAUCGAACCAAGUAACUCUUUCAAAUCUGUUGUUGCAUUGUCUUUGUGUAUUGGAACAAUUCAUUUCAAUCUUGUGUUCAUACUCUUCGCUCUCUUCUUCCUUCCUCUCUCAAAAUCACCUUUGGUUUUCGGUUUGACGAUACUGUUUAUGGUUCUUCCUGUGGACAAGAACAGUUUACUGGGCCAGAAAUUGUCCAGAUUCAUAUGUAAACAUGUUUGCAGUUAUUUUCCUAUCACCCUUCACUUGGAGGAUGCAGAAGCAUUCCAUCGUAACCAAUCUUAUGGUCACCUUGCCAAAGUUCAGGCAUAUUCUCCUAGUUCUGAAGGCAACGCCACUUCUUGGUCAAAUCAGGAUCCUAUGUUUAUAAGAUGGUCUAUUUGA